UUUUUCUUUAAACUUUUUUUUAUAUACAAACAAUGAUGUAUUCUCCUGAAUCCACCGAAAAGCUUCUCUUUGAAUACCUUCGACCUCAAUUAGAAAAGAAGCACCAAGAAGACUAUCAACCAAAUGAUUACGUUAUGAUGAUUGACGAGUUAAAACAACCCCAACUGUUUUUGACAGCCUGCUGGGAUGAUACUUUUCUGUCUUUGGAAGAAGAAGACUCGAAUAUUAUGAUCGAGCUAAAUACCUUCUCAGAUCUUAAAGUGGCUUUAAAAGACAUUGAAGAUUUGGACCCUUUACCCACUUCUUCUUUAAGAGCUCGUGCGCAUCAAAAAAAGUGUAACAGAUGGUCUACCACCGAAGAAGAUUUAAUCAACCUAUCAAGUACCAAUUUCACAGUGCCUCCCUCCGUACGUCUUGGCGUCGAAAAUUCUCAAAUGCUGGAUAUGCUCAUGCAUCGCGCUGUACAACACUGGUGUUGUAUAGGCUUUAAAGUCGCUCCUGUCAAUAUCUCUGUCAUUCAGAAUUGGAGGACGGCACCUCGAGCCAUUGUUUAUUGUAUUGCUUCUAUCAGUCUGGUCACCUUCAUGGAUAGGGAAAACACAUCGUCUCAGUAUUCUAAACAGGCCGCCAUGGUGUUCUAUGAACAAGCACGGAACAAAAUGGAUGAUAUACUGUUUGAUGAUAUGCAGCCCAUGAUCAUACAGUCGUAUUUUUGUCUAAGUUACACCUCUAACUUGUUACGGCUUUAUGAACAGCAACGCACAUGGGGAGGUCUCGCUUCUAUAUCGUUACAGCAUCUAGCCAAGAAAAUGCCAAAGCCUGUAGAUAAGCUCACAUUAGGGUGUUGGUUUCGGUGGUAUUACGUGGACGCUUGGAUGUGCCUUACGUUGAACCGCGACUGCUUAUUACCUGAUAUUGUUCCUCUGAUAGAUAUAAAGAAGAUGAUGCAAAAAUCGAUUACGGCUAGCGAUGAAGACCAUGCUUACAGUUUUGCGAUGCUUACACAUUAUAUGCGGCGAUAUAUACGAGCACUUCAUUCUGGAAAGAUCUUUUCGAACGAUCAACAAAAAUUACCAUCUUUGGUUUAUUAUCAAAUCACAGGCGAGCUAACGCAGUGGUAUGAUCAGUUACCUAGAUACAGUACGAUCGCCCAACUCCAUCUGCAUAUCUGUUACAAUUCAAUGCGACUUGUGGUGCUAUAUCAGUUUUUGACACCGCAGCAGCCUCCGACUCAAGAUGUGGUGAUUGAUUGCUUGCAAACAAAUCUGGAGUUGUUACAGGCGUUGCAGCAGCUGAAGGAUGUAGGGUGUGACCAGAGUACCUACCAUCACAUGUUUUUUGCGAUUCAUAAUACGGCAAAACGUAUCUUUCAAUAUAACCAAAAGCAAUUUAAAGGGUAUGCGGAAGAACAACUCAAGAUCAAUUUAAUGUUACUCAAGAGUACGCAGGCGUAUGUUCAUGACGUGUUUAAAAUGAAAAUUUAUGCAGAAAAGAUUCAGGAUCAGUUCACAAGAAUGAAGAUAUAUACGGCUAAAGUUGUCAAAGACGAUGUGGUCAAGAAAUGUACUCCUCAUCAAUCUAAAAAAAAGAAGAUUCUACCUGCACUUAUUGUCUUUCGACGAGAAGAAAUUAGUCUUGUCAAAAAGAGUAAAAAAAAAUAAAAGGGACGAGGAGAGAAAAAUAAAUUCACAUAUUCCUUUUAGGAAUGUUUUAAAGGAAUGGAUAGACAAA